UCCCGCAUCCCCGCAUCGCCGGCCGGUGCGCAGGGGGCCGCCCGCAUGGUGGACAUCCUCCUCCCGCGGCCGCUCCCGGGCGCCAUGGGGGAGCCCUCCAAGAGGCGGCCAGGGCUGGCCCUGUGCGCGGGCUGCGGGGGCCGCAUCCAGGACCCCUUCCUGCUGCGGGUGUCGCCGGACCUGGAGUGGCACGUCGCCUGCCUCAAGUGCGCCGAGUGCGGGCAGCCCCUGGACGAGACCUGCACAUGCUUCCUGCGGGACGGCAAGGCCUACUGCAAGCGGGACUACAGCAGGCUCUUCGGCAUCAAGUGCGCCCAGUGCCGGGCGUCCUUCAGCAGCAGCGACCUGGUGAUGCGCGCCCGCGACCACGUCUAUCACCUGGAGUGCUUCCGCUGCGCCGCCUGCGGCCGGCAGCUGCUGCCCGGCGACCAGUUCUGCCUGCGGGACCGCGACCUGCUCUGCCGCGCCGACCACGGGCACAACCACGACGGCACCGCCGCCGCCCGCGGGCCGCGCAGCCCCGCGCUGCCGCCGCCGCCCGCCGCCCACCUGGCAGAGCCGGUGCCCGGGCGGCCGCCCGCCCCGCGGCCGGCUGCGCAUAAGGCGGCGGAGAAGACCACCCGCGUCCGGACGGUGCUGAACGAGAAGCAGCUCCACACGCUGCGGACCUGCUACGCCGCCAACCCGCGCCCCGACGCCCUGAUGAAGGAGCAGCUGGUGGAGAUGACGGGGCUUAGCCCCCGCGUCAUCCGCGUCUGGUUCCAGAACAAGCGCUGCAAGGACAAGAAAAAAUCCAUCCUCAUGAAGCAGCUCCAGCAGCAGCAGCACAGCGACAAGACGAGCCUGCAGGGUCUCACCGGGACGCCGCUGGUGGCCGGUAGCCCCAUCCGCCACGAAAGCGCCGUGCAGGGCAGCGCCGUGGAGGUCCAGACCUACCAGCCGCCCUGGAAAGCGCUCAGCGAGUUCGCCCUGCAGAGCGACCUGGAGCAGCCCGCCGCCUUCCAGCAGCUGGUCUCCUUCUCCGAGUCCGGCUCCUUGGGCACCUCCUCCGGCAGCGACGUGACCUCGCUGUCCUCCCAGCUCCCCGACACCCCCAACAGCAUGGUGCCCAGUCCGGCCGAGACGUGAGGCCGCCCGGCUGCCCGCCGCCGCGGGACUUCCGCAUGCCUGCGCUCCCUGCAUGAGACACCCGGCCCCGGGCCGCUCCCAGAGCGCCGGACAAACGCCUUUGUUUUUUAAUUAUUCUUAUUUAAAAACAAACAAAAAAAAUAUGUUACUGACGGCCAAAAAAACACCGGGAUCCUC